AUGCUGAAGUGCUCCAAUGUCAUUCGCGGUGCAAUUAACCUGAAGAGAGCUUGCCACUCUCAGAGAAAACUCCGCCCUCAGCUUGCCAAACAAGAUACAAGUGACGCGUUGACAGAUCUCCACGGCCGGUACCAUUCUUACUUACGCAUCUCGCUAACAGAAAAAUGCAACUUGCGUUGCUCUUACUGCAUGCCGGAAGAAGGAGUCUCUUUGACCCCGGGUCAGAAACUUUUGACCACUCAAGAGAUCCUGAGUCUGGCUAGACUGUUCGUGGACGAAGGCGUGCGGAAGAUUCGCCUGACCGGAGGAGAACCGACGAUCCGUAAAGACUUACCCGAAAUCAUCUCCGGGCUCAAAGGCAUUCCAAAACUUGAAACCGUGACUAUGACGACGAAUGGCAUCGUUUUGAAAACCAGGCUAUCUGCUCUGAAAGACGCAGGGUUAGACGGGCUGAACAUAAGCUUGGAUACUCUGAUUCCGGCCAAAUUCGAGUUUCUAACGCGCCGGCCUGGAUGGAAAAAGGUGAUGGAGGGAAUCGAGACCGCUUUGUCUUUGGGCUAUUCGCCGGUGAAACUAAACGUAGUGGCGAUGCGCGGCGUGAAUUGUGAUGAAAUAGUGGACUUUGUGACUUUCACGAAGGAGAAAAACGUGGACGUGCGUUUUAUCGAGUACAUGCCCUUUGAUGGCAACAAGUGGAACGUGAAGAAAAUGAUUCCGUACUCGGAGAUGCUCGACUUGAUCCGAGCCCAGUAUCCUGAGUUGGAAAGACUGGAAGAUCAUCCGAAUGACACUUCGAAAGCGUUCAAGGUGCCUGGGUUCAUGGGUCAGAUUGGAUUCAUCACCUCAAUGUCGCAGCAUUUCUGCGGGACCUGCAAUCGUUUGCGGCUGACGGCGGAUGGGAACUUGAAAGUGUGUUUGUUUGGGAAUUCAGAGGUUUCCUUGCGAGAUGCUUUGCGUGGGGGAACGUCGAAAGAGGACUUGAUUGAUUUGAUUUCCAUGGCGGUGAAGAGGAAAAAGAAGCGCCACGCGGUGAUCCAUCAUUCCAGAAUCUAUGACGCGAGAAUGCUGAAGUGCUCCAAUGUCAUUCGCGGUGCAAUUAAUCUGAGGAGAGCUUGCCACUCUCAGAGGAAACUCCGCCCUCAGCUUGCCAAACAAGAUACAAGUGACGCGUUGACAGAUCUCCACGGCCGGUCCCAUUCUUACUUACGCAUCUCGCUAACGGAAAAAUGCAACUUGCGUUGCUCUUACUGCAUGCCGGAAGAAGGAGUCUCUUUGACCCCGGGUCAGAAACUUCUGACCACUCAAGAGAUCCUGAGUCUGGCUAGACUGUUCGUGGACGAAGGCGUGCGGAAGAUUCGCCUGACCGGAGGAGAACCGACGAUCCGUAAAGACUUACCCGAAAUCAUCUCCGGGCUCAAGGGCAUUCCGAAACUCGAAACCGUGACAAUGACGACGAAUGGCAUCGUUUUGAAAACCAGGCUAUCUGCUCUGAAGGACGCAGGGUUAGACGGGCUGAACAUAAGCUUGGAUACUCUGAUUCCGGCCAAAUUCGAGUUUCUAACGCGCCGGCCUGGAUGGAAAAAGGUGAUGGAGGGAAUCGAGACCGCUUUGUCUUUGGGCUAUUCGCCGGUGAAACUGAACGUAGUGGCGAUGCGCGGCGUGAAUUGUGAUGAAAUAGUGGACUUUGUGACUUUCACGAAGGAGAAAAACGUGGAUGUGCGUUUUAUCGAGUACAUGCCCUUUGAUGGCAACAAGUGGAAUGUGAAGAAAAUGAUUCCGUUCUCGGAGAUGCUCGACUCGAUCCGAGCCCAGUAUCCUGAGUUGAAAAGACUGGAAGAUCAUCCGAAUGACACUUCGAAAGCGUUCAAGGUGCCUGGGUUCAUGGGUCAGAUUGGAUUCAUCACUUCAAUGUCGCAACAUUUCUGCGGGACCUGCAAUCGUUUGCGGCUGACGGCGGAUGGGAACUUGAAAGUGUGUUUGUUUGGGAAUUCAGAGGUUUCCUUGCGAGAUGCUUUGCGUGGGGGAACGUCAAAAGAGGACUUGAUUGAUUUGAUUUCCAUGGCGGUGAAGAGGAAAAAGAAGCGCCACGCGGGAUUCAUCAUCAUGGAAGAAUAUUUGUGGUUAGAAGAUAGUGUCGGUCGUCGGAUCUUCAAAGUUCGUCGAUCAAAGGAAGGGGCUUUACGUAGUUUCGUGGAGCAACAACAGGCGAUGCGCGAACAGCAGCUCACGAAACAAAGGUCAAAGAUUGACAGAAGCUCCACUGACCCGCAUCAAAUGACAGUGCGCGGAAUCCUCGAACCUCGCGGCAGGGCCCCACACGACAUAUCCUUCAACGGACUCUUGACUCAAAGCUACUUCAAGACCGGCAAAGGUUCUCCUGCGAUCGACGCUUUGACCCAAGCGCAAGGUCGCUUAAAUCUGCGAGACGCGUCGGUCAAUGCUUACCGCUCCAAUCCGUAUCAACGUGAAGACAACAACCACUCCCGCGUCACUCCAAAAAAUGAACGGGACAGCAUAUCGUCAUCCAUUCGCAUCUACUACAAACGACCAGGGAGGGAGUCGGAGAUGGAGGAAAGUGCGCUUCCAGUGCACGUGAAUGUGCCAUAGCAGCUGAGAACAGUCAUCUCAAUACGUCACAGUCCAAAAGCAGCGCUUUUUUCACAAGACGAAAUAAAUCGAAGCAGAAUCACAGGGACAUCAAAGCUGCUUCGGAUGAGACAUGCGCGGAUCUGCAGUGUCACAAAAUUAUGUAUGAAGAAUAAAACGUACACCAGACUUUUCUACCCGCAAAAUGUUCUGUUUGUACGUGACACAACGAAUUCGUUUGUUGCGAAUCAUAAUAAAAUGACAAAUUUAAAGCGAGAAUCUACGAAAAAUCGCGUCUUUCGUGAACAUAAAUUGCGAUAUGCAAAACAACACUUCAAGGUUGGCACGUUUUCUUUGUUCUUUUCGAAUGAACGGUUGGCAAAUUGCCACAUGAUACAGGGAAAACAAAAGUUACGUUGAUAGGAGUGAAACAAGUGAAAUUUCACGAUCGUUUUACCUUUUCUAAUACCUCCUGAACAAGGAUUUUACAUUUAUUGUCAAAACCUAUUGACUCAAGAACCCUUCGCCCGUUUAAAUUUCUAACGGCUCGUCGAAUUUUUGUCGCACGAGCCCAACAUCUUCAAUAGACCAGCUUUUGCACCAUGCUCGAAUCUGUUACUUGAAGGAAACUUUUGAUUGAUGAAAGAAAAAAAAUUAUGAUGCAAGGCUAUUAACCGCAAUUAAUCCAGCGUAAUUGAUCAGUUGACUUAUCCAAGGAAACCGACUAGCACUAUGGCUGGAGUUAAUUGGGUAAUAGUGCAAAAGAAUACCUCAGAACGCACCAACCUUCCAAAACAACCUUUGCUAAUACAAAUAAAUGGAACACAUGAACCAUCAGUUUGCAUAAAAAAUAAAAUAAAAAAACCAACGCGCCAUAACAACAACCCGG